GCCACUCUCCCGGUCCCUCGGGACUGAUUUUCGGCCAAAGACAUUUAAUGGGCGUUUGUAUAGCCGUCUCCAGUGAUUUGCGUGGAUACCUGCUCGGAUAUUGUGUAAGGCGCCAGGAUGAAGAGGAUGAACUCGCGCUGGAAGUCGCCACCCAUGUGGCCGUCUGCAGUGGGCAGCAGGCAGCCCUGUCCACGUGAAUCGGCUCUGCGCAGAGCAGCCAUCAGUGGCAACGUCCUCGCGCUCCCACCGUUCCACGUCCCCACGGGCAGGAGCGUCCGGGUCUUCAUCUGCGCAAACCCCGACGACACAGAAGCGGAGAGAAAUGCUCUGAAAGAACAUGUCUAUCCCAAACUACGAGACUUCUGCAGGGAGAACUAUGGCAUUGAGUUCCAGUUGGUGGACCUGUACUGGGGGAUUGACCCAGAGGAGUGGGACAGUCCAGAGCUGCAGAGACUACGGAUGAAACUCCUGGAAGAAUGUUUGAAGACUUCCACUGGUCCAUGCUUUGUUGGGCUUAUCGGAGAGAAGUACGGCAGCAUCCGUGUCCCAGGGGAAGUGGAGUCGGCUGAGUUUGAGAUGAUCUUGGAUGCGGCUUUGGAGGCGGGACUAGACACACGGAUCCUAGAGGAGUGGUACUGCCGGGAUGAGAACUCUGUCCCUCCUGCCUACUACCUAAAACCAAAAGCUGAGAUGCUAAAGAACUACCAGAACUCUUCAAGCAGCGUAGCAAAGUCAAAGAACGACAAGGCAUGGAGGGCAGUCUCAGAGGAAAUCAAGAGAAUCUUCCGAACCUCUGUUUUACAGCUGCAGGAGAAGGGAACCAUGAAGAGCAGUCAAGCCAAUAAAUUUCUCUGCUCUGCAUUAGAGGAUGAACUGGAUUUUGCUUUGGGCAAGCAAACACCAGCUUUCCUGAAGAAAUGCGUAUGUUACAUUCGGAAAAUCUCCAACUUUGACCGUUUUGCUAAGCUCCCUGAAAUGACACGUUACAUGGACAUUGUGGUGAGCACUGACCACGUGAUGAGAAACCAGGAAGCCUAUGAACGUCUACUGAAAGUUCGAGAUGAGUUCAUUCCAUUGAUAGUGGCAGCAUCCAAUCUUCGGGUCUACUCAUCGGUCACUCACUGUGACAUGAAACUUGGCUACUCACAGGAAGUCGAGAGCCACUAUGUCGAGGGCCUGUGUAAACAGUUUUAUGAAGACAUGGUGGAUAUCAUUCAGGCUACUGUCCAACAGAACUUUGACACAGAGACAGACCCUCUUUAUGACGAGAUUAUACAGCAUCUGUCACUGUGCAAGACCUUUUCAUCCUUUUAUGUGUAUAAGAGUGAAGCCUUGGACCUCAUCCAGGAAUACCUGUACCCUUCUAAAGGUGGACGGAUAACUCCCCUUGUGGUGUAUGGAGGACCCUGUACUGGAAAGACCUUGUUACUUGCUGAGGCUGCAAAACAGGCCUAUUCAUGGCUACAGAAAGAGAUGGGACCAGAAACAGACCCAGUGGUCAUUGUCAGAUUCAUCGGCUCCACUGACAUCUCCACUGACCUCCUCACCCUGCUGCAGAGUAUCUGUGAACAGAUAGCCAUCAACUACCAGUGCCUGAUCCAUUUCUUGCCAAACAAGAUUCAGGAGAUGAGGGAACUGCUGGUCAAUUUGCUAGGGGAGUCAUCAUUCCACCGACCUCUAGUCAUCAUUCUGGAUGCCAUAGAGCAGUUGUCAGGUGUCGAUGAGGCACGAAAGCUGUGGUGGCUGCCUGCCCACCUGCCAUGCACAGUCCGCAUUGUAGUGUCCACCCUGCCCAACAAGCAUGGGAUACUGCAAAAACUACGUUGCCUGAUACAUGACGAGGACAGUUAUGUUGAAAUAUUGCAGAGAGAUCGCAAAGCUUGCAGCCAGACUCUUAAACAGCAGCUACUGAGCCUCAAAAGGAAGGUGACCUCUGGUCAACAAAUAUAUGUGAAUGAGGCAAUGGCAAAGUGCACAUUGCCCAUGUUUGUCAACCUCAUCUACCGAGAGGUAGUUCACUGGCGGUCACAUAAAGAUGUGGAUGACAAAUCAUUGUGUUCUACAGUCCACGAAAGCAUUGAGCAGCUUUUCUACUCUAUUGAAAACAAGCUUGGUUCACGCUUCAUCUUUCAGGCUCUUGGCUACAUCACAAUGGCACGGGCAGGGCUGACAGAGCUGGAGCUUGAGGACAUCUUGUCUUUGGACAACAGUGUCCUUGGGGACAUCAUGGUGAGCUCUAAUCUUAAAAAUCCACUGCGUAUUUCUUACGAUUUCAUAGCCCGACUAAAGGAGGAGCUUGAAGGUUACCUGGUGGAGCGUCAAGUCCAUAAUGUAACACUAAUGGUCUGGGCGAAUCGCCAUCUGCAUCUCAUAGCACAAAAGCUAUACCUCAGUAAUGAAGAAGACGUGCAUCAAAUGCAUAGCCUUUUGGCAGAAUACUUUCUUGGUGCAUGGGCAGGUGGUAGAAAAAAGAUAUUCCACUGCGACAAUAAUCAUUUUGCCUCACUGAAUAUCUCUCAACAUCAAAACUCUCACCACCAGCAGAGCCUUCAUGGUCAUGACAAAACUUCUGCUGACAAGCACUCAUAUGACAGGCAGACACCUGAACAACCCUGGGUGUUCCAGUGUAAUUUACUAGAGCCAGACAUCUUUUUUGUCAACCACAGAAAAAUGACAGAGCUAACAUACCACUUGACAAGGAGUGGCCGCACAGAUGAUCUCAUGUAUGGUGUCAUCAUGAACUUCAGUUGGCUCUACACAAUGAUAAAGAUAGGGCAGUUUGACAAGGCAUUGUCAGACAUUGACCUAGCUUACAGUUGCACACAAGAAAAGGAGCUGAAGUUUCUCGCCACUAUGCUUCGCAGUAUAAAGCUCAAAGUGACCAAGAAUCCAGCAUCACUGUCUGCUGAGCUACAACAAAGACUCCUUCCAGUAGUCACAUCACUUCCCAAGCUCAGACACCUUCUUCUCGAGUGUGACAAGGAUGGUCCUAAAUACUGCUCCAUUGUGCCACUGCACUCUUCCAUGGAUGUCACAUACAGUCCUGAGAGAUUACCACUCUGUUUGAGCUACAUGCAAAUAGUGGAUAUUCUACCUACAUUAGCACCAAACAUAGUCAUUGUUGCACUCGAAGACGGUUCCGUCAGCACAUGGGAUGUUGAGAGUAGACUGCUGCUGAGGCAAAUAGACACAGCAAGGUCGGUUGUUCUUGGUAUCCGCCUAACCACAGAUGAGAAGUAUUUAGUUGUGGCCACUACAAAAAACACACUGCUCAUUUAUGACAACCACAAGUCCUGCUUAUUGUCUGAGGUGGAUGUGAAAGGAUCCAAGCACUGUGGUAUCACUGGCGGAGUAGCGUUCAUCAAUGGAUUCACCUUGUCCAGCCACCACGCCUUGGCUUGGCUGGAGGCAAGCAAAGACGUCAAUGUGAUUGAUUUACUCUGUAGCUGGCCGUUGCAUCAGUUUCAUUGCUGGUACGAGGUAACCUGUGUUCAGUGCUCCCCAGAUGGAAUGUAUGCUUUCUGUGGACAAUAUCUCAACACGACCACCAUAUUCCAUCUUGGUAGCGGGGACAAGCUUGCUACAAUGACUUCGGAAUUCUCUGGUGGCUUUGUUAAGUCCAUUCUGAUUCUAGACAUGAUCCAUCAAAUGGUGAUGAUUGAUAAUGAGGGAAGUCUCUCUGUGUGGAACACCAAAGACAUCACAAACCCAAAGCUAAUGGAGGAUUAUGACUGCCGGGGAGAUGAGAGUGAGGUGGUGAGCAUAGAGCUCUCCGAGGAUCAGCGAUCCAUCCUUAUUUGCAAAGCGAGGAGCAUUGAGGUGCUGGACACCAAGAUUUGGAAGAUGGCAGAGAAGUUCAAGGCCAAGCGUAGUGAGAAGUUUGUGGCAGCCGUUCUCUCAAAUAAUAGUCAAAGUAUUAUAGCCUCAAUGGAGAACACUUCAUCCAUAUUUGUGUGGAGGAGGGACAGUGGACAGUGCAUGGCCAGCUUGAUAGAGAUAUCUGGAGCAAUCGUGAAGCUGAUCAAAUCAACGCACCAUAACUUGCUGCUAUCGGUGGCCAGCAGUGGCGUACUUUCUGUGUGGGACAUUGAUAUCAUAACAGCUAUGUCGAACAUUGAUAAAACAGGGAAACCAAUCCAAAGCCUGCAGCUGUCUGGCAGGGAGGACUUUGUGUACACCAUGGAUGGAUCAGAGGUCAUCCACAAAUGGAACUACAGCACAGGUUUCAUUGAGAUGGUCUUCAAGCACGAAGGCCUGGUGGAGAACUGUGUUCUGACAACAUCUGGUGACCUCAUGGUGACAUCUGAUGAUAAAAACAGUCAGUACAUCUGGCAUACAACCACAGGUGAGAAUAUAUUACGCAUCAAUGGCCAGAGGAUUUCACAGCUUCUCGUCACGCAUAAUGACCAAUUUGUAGUGUCCCUUUGUGAACAGAAUGCCUCUCGUGUUUGGAGGCUUGCUACGGGUCACAAGGUGUGCAACAUUCUGGUUACCCUCCAGCAUGCUCUCAUAACUACAGCAAAUACGUUCCUUGUUGGCACCAACAAAAACAAGUUGUUGGCCGUUAGCUUGUGGUCAGGAAGCGUAUCUAAAAAGUUUAUCUGUGAUGAUGGGAUCACAAUCAUUAACUUCAAAUUAAUACCUGACAGUCCAGAUUAUGUGGUCUUCAUCACUUCCACAGAGACAGUUUUCAUCUGGAGUGUCGCUGAUGAGUCUGUGUGUAGGAGAGUGCAGCUACCCAGCAACUUUUUGAAGAACCUGGAAGAUUUCGAAAUAUCACCAAAUGGGAAAUUGGGGAUCGUGUCGAAAGGUGACAAGAACAUCAAUAUCCUAGACCUCCACAGCGGUAAGCUGCGACUGGUCCAUGCUGCUGGCAUCAUAUGGCGGCAAAACCUCUCAGGGGAUGGACGCUACUUAGUCUACAUCUGUUUCCGAAAUUGUGAUGAGGAUGAUGAUGCGGGUGUGGUUUCAAGUCUCAUUGUCAUGAGACUGGCAGAUGGUAAAAGCAUAGGCACCUGUUCUCUCUACAAAACGCCAACCUAUCUGUGCCUAUCACAGCGAGCACUUAACAUCAUUGUGGGUUUUGAGGAUGGCAGCAUCGGCACCUACACAGUAGUGGACCGUGUGGAUGCAGCUCUGAAAAUCAAGAUUGCCACCUCAAACAGCCGCCAAAUCAUUAACAAUGCCUCUCAGAAAGUACGACCCAAGUGUAGCACCAAUGCCUUCAAGACCAUUGCUGACUGUGUGUGGAGAGAAUCCACUGAGGUCUUCUCUCGAGACAGUCCUAUCAAUGUUUCUGACAGCGGGGAGCCAGAAACCACAACGCCCACAAAAAUAACUGAACUGCUGCAAUGAGAGUGCCCUCUUUAGGACAAUAAGGGCAUGGCAGAGCAGGCGAGGUUUGUGAACAGUUAUGGGUGUUCUCUGGCAUAUUGCAGAAGAAAGUAGUUUCAACAAAAUGAUCAGCCAUGCCCCAUUUAGACUAUUUUCUCCAUAACUCAAGGGCUAUUCCAUCAAAUUGUAUGUUUACCUCUGGAAAUACUGAGACAAAGGCCCAUUUACAACCAACAACCUGUAGCAAUAUUCAGGAGUGUUUAACUUCUCCCUUCAAGUGUUUCAAACCCAUAGAUAUCGUACAAUAUUUGUCAAAGUUUAUAUUUUUAUUUUUAUUUUUUUAUUAUUAGGUUUGUUUAAUUUCUAUUUGUUUUUAGAAUGUUAAAUUGUGUUGUUUGUGACCUACUUUCUGAUUCUUUGGUGUUUUUCUAGUGUAACUAUGAAAAAAAACGUCUCGGUUACUGAUGUAACAUUCGUUCCCUGAUGGAAAGAACGAGACGUUGUGUCGAUGAGUUGACACUAGGGGUCGCUCCUGCGGAGCCCAGACAUCUCUGUUCUUGAGAAAAGGCCAAUGGAAAUUGGCGUGUGGAAUUUGCAUGCCACUCCCCCGAACAUACGGGUGUAAAAGGAAUGACGCUGCAAACACACAUCGCACUGAGGAGCCGAGCCAAAGACCCGGCCAUUUCAGUGGUUGGUUCAGUGUUGUGGCAAGAAGGACACAACGUCUCGUUCCUUCCAUCAGGGAACGGAGGUUACAUCAGUAACCGAGACGUUCCCUAUCUGUCACUCACUCGACGUUGUGUCGAUGAGUUGACACUAGGGGUCCCAAUGGAAAACGCCACAAAAGCUGAACUGAGUUAUGCAGACUGGCGUUGCGAGAUGGGCAGACCUCUGUGUGCCUCGUAGCCAGCGUAGCAAGCCAUCGCAUAACUACCCCCAACACACUGGCAGGCAUGAAGCGGUCCCCUGCACCUAGGGGAACAGUUAACUGCUCAGGAGUAUAAGGACUGGCUGGCCCAGCCAUGGCCUUCUCUCUAUUGUUCUCCCCAAAAGGAACAAAAUAGUUUGG